AAUUUUUUUUUUGACAAAGGGUAGAGGGCUGUCAUCCCCCUUCGAUGAGAUCGAUCUCCCGCGUUUAGAGAAAAAAAUAAUAAUGUAGGCCGCGGCAUUAUUCGGCGUAUCGUUUGUUAUAGAAGAUAUGUAGAGCGCGUUUGAUCUAGAUCUCGUGUGUGUGGAUGUAUCAUGACGCGCCAAGCCGCUUUUAAAUUUCAUACUGCCUGAUCCUGUGCGUGCACCCACCGUUCGACUGCUGCUGCGGCUGAAAAUGUGCAGUUUCGCGGGUGAUCAUCGGACAGGAUCAUUAGUGUUAGAUGAGCAGUAGAAUAGAGAUUGCCUAGAGGAAUUAUGCCGAUUGUUCGAUCAUGUUGAAGAGUAGGAAAAAAAGUCGAGCUAUCGUAGCCUUGCCGAUUUAUAAUUUGCCGACGACGAUCAUUUUGAUCGUCGCGGCUUCUCUCUGCUUUUCCAAUUCUUACGAUGGAAAUUUCGUGUUCGACGACACCGAGGCCAUCGUCAACAACGACGACGUCAAGGACAAAACGCCGUUGCUUCAAAUUUUUCAAAAUGACUUUUGGGGCACGAAUUUGUCCAGCAAAAACAGCCACAAGUCCUACAGACCCUUGACGACUCUCACAUUCCGGUGGCAUUAUUUAGUCAAAGGGGAAUUGGAUCCAGCAGAUUUUCAUAUAGCCAAUAUUUUGUUACAUACCGUUGUGUGUAUAUUGACUUUUUUUGUAUUUGAAAUAUUAUUGGAAUGGAAGGAACCAUUGAUAGCCUUGUCUGCCACAUUAUUAUUCACUGUUCACCCUGUUCACACUGAAGCUGUUUCUGGCAUAGUUGGAAGAGCGGAUGUAUUGAGUGCACUUUUCAUGUGGCUGUCUAUAAUAUGUUACUAUAAAGGUGUUCAUACAAAUUGUAUGGUAAUAAAAUAUAAUUGCAUAUUAUUGUGCAUAUUAAACAGUUGCGCUGCAAUGUUUUGUAAAGAAACUGGUAUUACCGUUUUAGGUAUUUGUAUUGUUUAUGAUAUAAUUGUUGUUAACAAAAUACUACCUGCUGAUAUAUUAAAACUUACAAGACUGAAUUAUACAUAUCAAGAUGUAAAAAAAUAUAUUAUAUCAAAUUUACCUUUUAUGGUGAGAUGUACAGUAUUAAGUUUGAGCUCCAUAUUUUUAAUUGUUUUAAGAUUCAGUAUUAUGAAAUUCACGAGUCCUACAUUCCAACCUGGAGAUAAUCCAGCAGCAUUCCUGAAUAAUUUUAUAUUGCGUAUAAUUAAUUAUAAUUACAUUUAUUGUAUGAAUGUCUGGAUAUUAUUGUGUCCAGAUUGGCUAUGCUUCGAUUGGUCAAUGGGUUGCAUACCAUUAAUUAAAAGUAUUGAACCCAGAAUAUUAUGUAUUAUAGCAUUCUGGCUAUUUAUUGUUGUUUUCAUGAGAUUCCUAUUUUCAAAAACAGAUGAACAACUAGUUAGAUACACAAUAAUGGGAUUAGCUCUUGCAGUAAUUCCCUUUUUACCAGCUAGCAAUUUAUUCUUCACAGUGGGAUUUGUUCUUGCAGAGAGAACUUUAUUUGUCCCUUCAGCUGGUUAUUGCUUUUUAUUUGCUGUUGGAUUAAGGAAAGUAUCCAAGAUUGUGACUAAUUCAAGAAUAAUCGCAAUAUCCUAUUGUGCCUUAUUACUGAUCUUCUCCAGUCGUUCAUGGAUUAGAAGCAAUCAAUGGAGAAACGAAACAACAUUGUUCCAAAGUGGUUUAAAAGUAUGUCCGUUAAAUGCUAAAGUACAUUAUAAUGUUGCAAAAGUAGCUGCUGAUAAAGGUUUAGUUAAUUAUUCUAAAUCUGAAUACCAAGAGGCUUUAAGAUUAAACCCAAAGUAUCCACAUGCCAUGAACAAUUUGGGUAACAUUUACAAGAAUGAACAACACUAUGAAGAAGCUGAAAAACUUUUUAGAGCUGCAAUAGAUAUUCAAAAAGAUUUUCCAGCAGCAUGGAUGAACUUAGGCAUAGUAUUAGCAGUUAUAAAUAAAAAUGAAGAAGCUGAGAAGUGUUAUAUCACAGCUAUAAAAUACAGAAAUAUAUAUCCAGAUUGUUACUACAAUUUAGGGCUUUUGUAUUUGGCCAAUAGAAAUUUGCAAAAAGCCAAAGAAGUUUGGGAGAUCACUCUUAAGCAAAAUCCUUAUCAUAAACAAGCUUGGACUAAUUUGGUUUUGCUGUUGGAAGAAAUGGGUCAAUCAGAUGAGGCUCUAAGUUACGCUGAAGAGGCACUAUCAUACAUACCAAAUGAUCCUGCUAUACACUUUAACAUAGGUAACAUACUAGGCAAAGAUGAAAGUUUCAAAAAGGCAGAAUAUCACUUUAAAACUGCUAUUGCUGGGGAUCUAAAAAAUGCGGUUUAUCACGUUAAUUUAGGAGUAUUAUAUCAUCGCUGGAAAAAAUAUGACAAGGCUGAGAUGAUGUACAAAAAAGCACUUAAACUUAAUCCUCAUUUGAAUUCAGCUAAAGUUAAUUUGAAUAAGUUGAAUAACUUGAAAUUAAAACUUUCAAGUUAGGUCCUAAGGAU